AUGGCCUUAUUUACUAGUACUCCUAAAUCUAAACUUAGAGAAAAAGUCUUAUUGCUGAAUCUGGACGAGAGCGACAACGAGAGUUCAUCUGGCUAUGAUUCUCCUGUAUAUGUCUCCGAUGAAAACAAAGACGAUAAGAAAACAGUUACAACUAAAGUGGUGGAAGUUGAUUCAUCAGACGAUUCAGAUUUCUCAUCCGAUGAAGCAUCCGAUGAUUCAUCAGACGACGACAGCGACGAUUUAGAUGAUAUAGAUGACAUACAGUCAACCAAUGAUUCGAUGAAAGUUACCAAGAUACAGGCUGUGGUUGAUAAUAUUCAAUAUAUUCUGUCCAUGCCAGACUUACGUGAUGUCAUGUUCCUUGUUGGAGAACAGAGAAUUCCAGUAUAUGGAUUGAAGUCGAUACUUGGAAUAAGGAGCCGCGUUUUCUGUGACAUGUUUGUAAAGCAGUCGCGGGAAGACAUGAAUAGCAAGAAAAAGUUGAAGAAAUCCAAAGAUGAGAAACAAACCAAAAGUAGCACGAAGACCACCAUAAUAAUUGAUAGUUAUGACAUCGAAGUGUUCCGAUCAUUUCUAUUGUUUUUGCACUGUGGAUCCGUUACCAUGGAUGCUUCAACUGUUGUUGGACUACUUUGUUGUGCUGUAGAAUUUGACAUUGCUGAUUUGAGAAAGGCAUGCUGGGAAUUUGUAGAUACAUGUCUGUCAUCUGUUAGUACCGAAACUGUUAUAAAAGAAACAUUUCGUUAUGAUGACCAUAGUGCUGCGCAGAAACUCCGACAAACUAUUCUUGGUCAACAGAAAAAGACAAAACUCCAAGACAAACAAAGUUCGCAGAUGCGCCUGUCUCCAAUUGGAAGAGAAACUGAAGUUUAG